AUGCCUUCUCCAGUGCCUCCCACCCGGUUUCUCCCCAAAGAUAUUUAUCCUUCCGUGGACAUCGGGACUUGUAGCAGCCCCUUAUCCAAACAUUCAUUUGGCUCCACUUUACAGGUCCCGACUCAGCGACUCCAAGGUAAAGUUACUAGCCGUCUGUGGUCCUCUGUAAUCUACUGGAAAGAGCUGCACUGUGUCCAGCCUAUUGGUUCCGGAGGCUUCGGUUCUGUCUACAAGGCAAAAUAUCUCGGGGAGACCGUCGCGUUGAAAAAAGUAAAGAAAUGCACCAAAAACAAACUGGCUUCCCGUCAAAGUUUUUGGGCAGAGCUGAAUGCUGCGCACCUUCGUCAUCGGAACGUAGUGCGUGUAAUUGCGGCUACUACUUGCAUGCCGACGGAUUUCGGCGACGAAAGCAGUAUCGGAACGAUCAUGAUGGAAUACGUCGGCAAGAGGAAUCUCCAUCAGAUUAUUUACGGCUGUGUGGAGGAGCCGCUGGCACCGGACAGGUGGAUCACAUGCUCAUUGGAUAUCGCUCACGGUUUACAGUUCCUUCACUCCCAUAUGAUCAUGCACCUGGACAUAAAACCAGCCAAUGUGUUAGUUUCCAGUGAAGAUGAGUGCAAGAUCGCAGACUUUGGCUGUUCUGUUCAACUGAAUACAAAACGUGAGGCUUCAGACGUGGUUCCGUUGAGUCACGCUGGUGGGACGUACACGCACCGAGCACCGGAGUUGCUCAAGGGUGAAGAGAUAUCUGAUAAAUCAGACAUUUUCUCCUUUGGGAUUACCAUGUGGCAGUUGAUGACAAGAGAGCAGCCCUACCUGGGGGACAGGCAGCAUGUGAUCUACGCGGUAGUUGCACAGAACCUUCGACCAAAGGUUGAGGACCAAGCCAUUUUCCAGUCAGAGCAAGGGAGAGACUGCAAGACUUUGUUGAGCAGAUGUUGGGCUGCAGACAGCCAGUGUAGAUUCAGUGCCCAAGAGCUCAUAACGCAACUGGAAAAUCUCCGUGCUAAAUUGUAG